AUGACUUCGGUUGGAACUUUGAACACUCCGGAGGAGGCAGUCGCGAGAAUCGCAUACCUUUCUAGCGAUGUUGUUGUUUCUGUUCAGUCGUCUCUAGGGACUGCUUCAGCAUAUUCUUCACAGCUUGAGACCCUCUCUUCAACUGGAGCAAAGGGCGCUCUGGCGCCAGCCCCGGAGGUCCACAUCAUUCGUCAAAAUGCGGAUCCUUUACUUUCAGUAUUCCAGCCUGUUCGAUCAGGCAAGCUCGUCUCUGUUACAACAACUUCAGACAUCUUGCUUUCAUCAAUACCUCACCUAUACAAAUUAAUCAACUACCCCGUCGUUAUUCAUGUUUCAAUGCAGCCCGCGGAAUUCCCGGACUACUCCGGUAUCACAGCGAUUAGGCAGACCGGAUUAGUCCUGCUCCAGUCAGAGUCAAUCCAGGAGGCCCAGGACAUGGCUGUAACAGCCCAUGCUCUUGCGAUUAAGACCGGAAAGGCAGUUGUUCAUUUCUUUGCCUCAUCAGGAGCGGAGGACCCAGUUACGAUUGAAGACCAGGCUUUGAUGGACAAGGUUUUGGACAAGACUGCUGCAAGAACUUUCCAGUCUCAGUCAAUUGACUCAAGCAGCUUGUACGCAGAUGAUGGUGUAGUAGCGCAGACAAAGCAGACAAAGCCACCAGUAGCUUCCAAUGGCGCAAGCACCGUUGCCAGCGGCAUCGCCAGUCCUGCGAGCGAAAUAUCGACCACCGCAAACAGCAACGGUACAAGCACCAUUGGUGACAAGAGUACCGAGCCUUCUCUCUCAGCUUCAUCCCUAGAAGAGGCCAUCAGCUCUCGCGCCGUUACCUCCGACGACAUCUACAAACACGUUUCAGGCAUUUUUGAGAUCAUCAACCAGGUUACCGGCCGUUCAUACAACGUUUUCGAGUACCAAGGUCCCAAGAACGCAAACAUUGCGCUUUUCGUUUUCGGCUCAACCACCAAGCUUUUCCAGUCCACCGUCGAGGCAUUGUCAUCUGAGGAGGAUUACUCAAGGGUUGGUGUGAUCUUCUCAAGACUUUACCGUCCAUGGUUCGGCACCAGAUUGGCCGACAGCCUUCCCAAGUCAAUCAACAAAAUUGCUGUUUUGGAGCAAAUCAAGAAGAAGACUACUCGAUGGGGUCCUCUGUUUUUGGAUUUGCUUACAUGUCUCCGCGCUGGGCCAGCCGCCAAGGGUGCGCCUGUUGUUGUUGGGCACCAAUUGGGCUUCAUUAACUCCGAGACUGUUAACCAGGCAGUACGCGGAAUUGUUCAGAACUUGAAGGCAGAGGCACCAGUACAGAACUUGUUUGUCGGUUUGGCGGAGGGCCCUGAGUUGGCGGAGUGCAAGGUCGAGCAACCGGCGGUUGAAACUGCAUACAUGAAAAUUCUUGAUCAGUUGUUUGGCAAGCGGUUGCACGUUGCCAACUCCCUCGACAAACCUCAUGCCGGAAUCUCAGCAACCAUUGCCGCUAGCCCCGAAUACGGUUACGGUUCUCUUUUGGCCAGAAUCGAGAAGCGCCAGUCUUUCGUCAAGAGAGUUGAGGAGUUGGCCAAGUCUAGCGGAUUCUCUACUGCUGCUCCUGGCGAAGCGCUUUCAAAGUGGCUUUUGGUUGCAGAGGACCCAGAAAAGAGCGCUAGCUUGGCAGAUGGCAUCGUUGAGAAGUUGGAGGCUGAUGGUUCCAAGGUUGCUCUCGAGCUUUUGGCCGAUAAGGCUCUCUUUUACAAGCAGUCACACUGGCUCGUAGGAUCUGAUGCCUGGGCCUAUGAUCUCGGUAACUCCGGUGUUCACCAUGUCAUUGCUUCUGGCAUCAACAUCAACAUGCUUGUUAUCGACUCCCAGCCAUACUCCGAGCACGCCGCUGCUGAUGCUUCACGAAGAAAGAAGGACAUUGGUCUGUACGCCAUGAACUUUGGAAACUCAUAUGUUGCUUCCGUUGCUGUCUACAGCUCUUACACUCAGGUAUUGCACGCAAUGAUUGAUGCCGACAAGUUUGAGGGACCUUCAGUCGUAGUUGCAUACCUUCCCUACAACAAAGAAGAUGACUCCCCUCUCGCAGUCUUGCAGGAGACCAAGAAGGCAGUCGAUCUUGGAUACUGGCCAUUGUACCGCUGGGACCCCCAGGGCGAGCAGAAGGGUGGCGUGAACUUCAACCUUGACUCCGAGAGGAUCAAGAAUGAGUUGAAAGAAUUCUUGAAGCGUGAUAACCACUUGUCUCAGCUUGCCAAGAGAAAUCCUCAGUUCGCUGCCAACGUUGCUAGCUCUUACGGAACUGAGGUAAGGCACCAGCAGAAGCGUAAGGCUAAAGAUGCGUACAAUAAGCUUCUUGAGGGUCUUUCUGGACCCCCAUUGACCGUCCUCUUCGCAUCUGAUGGUGGUAACGCGGAGAACCUUGCUAAGAGGUUGGCCAGACGUGGUAAGGCUAGAGGUCUCAAGACCUUGGUGAUGUCCAUGGAGGAGUACCCUCUUGAAGAUCUAUCCAACGAGGAAAACGUUGUUUUCAUCACUUCCACAGCCGGUCAGGGUGAAUUCCCUCAGAACGGUCAUGCUUUCUGGAUCGCCGUGAAGAACUCGACCGACUUGGACUUGGCUGGUGUCAACUACUCGGUUUUCGGUCUUGGUGACAGCCACUACUGGCCUCGCAAGGAGGACAAGCACUACUACAACAAACCUGGAAAGGACCUCGACAAGAGGAUCACCGACCUCGGUGCCAAGAAGAUUGCUGAUAUUGGUCUUGGUAAUGACCAGGACCCCGAUGGUUAUCAGACCGCCUACUCGGAAUGGGAGCCUAAGAUCUGGACUGCCCUUGGUGUUGACAAAGUUGACGGGCUUCCGGAUGAACCUGCUCCGAUCACUAACGAGGAUAUCAAGAUUGCCUCAAACUUCCUCCGUGGUACCAUCGCAGAGGGCUUGAAAGACGAGAGCACUGGUCAGAUUUCUGCCAGCGACCAGCAGCUUACCAAGUUCCACGGUACUUACAUGCAGGAUGAUAGGGAUCUGAGAGACGAGCGCAAGGCCCAGGGUUUGGAGCCUGCUUACUCUUUCAUGAUCCGAUGCAGACUGCCCAGUGGUGUCUCAACUCCUAGGCAGUGGAUUCAGAUGGACGAUAUCAGCAACCAGUGGGGUAACACUACCAUGAAGUUGACUACCAGACAGACAUUCCAGUUCCACGGUGUUCUCAAGAGGAACUUGAGGUCUUCCAUGCAGGACAUCAACAAGGCCCUCAUGACCACCCUUGCCGCCUGUGGAGAUGUCAACCGUAACGUCAUGUGCAGCUCUCUCCCUACAAACAGCGCCUUCCACAGCGAGGUCCACGCUGCCUCCAAGCGUAUCAGUGACCACCUCCUCCCCGCCACAACCGCCUACCACGAGAUUUGGCUUCAGGACGAGAACGACAAGAAGGUCCAGGUUGCCGGUGACGCCAUUGUUGACCACGAGCCUUUGUACGGCCCAACUUACCUUCCCAGGAAGUUCAAGAUUACCAUUGCCGUGCCUCCAAACAACGACACCGAUGUCUACGCACACGAUAUCGGUUUGAUUGCUAUCAAGGGCGAGGACGGCAAACUUGCUGGUUUCAACGUCUUGAUCGGUGGUGGUAUGGGUGUCACUCACAACAACAAGAAGACAUACCCCCGAACCGGCAGCAUGCUUGGUUUCGCCGAUAUCGAGCGUAUCCACACUGUCUGCGAGAAGAUUAUGCUUGUCCAGCGUGACAAUGGCGACCGUAAGAACCGCAAGCACGCCCGCCUAAAGUACACUGUCGAUGACAUGGGCGUCGAUGUCUACCGUAGCAAGGUUGAGGAGCUCCUUGGCUGGAAAUUUGGGGAGGCUAAACCUUUCCACUUCGAGUCCAACGUGGACACCUUCGGGUGGCAAAAGGACGAGACUGGCAAGAACCAUUUUACCUUCUUCAUCGAGAACGGACGUAUUGAGGAUACCCCUGAGUUCCCCAUGAAGACCGGUCUCCGUGAGAUUGCAAAGGUCCACAAAGGUGAAUUCCGCCUUACUGGUAACCAGCACCUCAUCCUCAGCAACGUCGAUGAUGCGGACUUGCCAGCGAUGAAGGACCUAAUGGCGAAGUACAAGCUUGACAACUACCAGUUCUCUGGACUGAGGCUGUCUUCAUCUGCCUGUGUUGCUUUCCCCACCUGUGGUCUUGCCAUGGCAGAGAGUGAAAGAUACUUGCCUGUCCUUAUCAGCAAGCUCGAGGGCGUUCUUGAGGAAAGCGGUCUCCGCCAUGACUCGAUCGUCAUGAGGAUGACUGGUUGCCCCAACGGUUGCGCUCGACCAUGGCUGGCCGAGGUUGCCUUCGUCGGAAAGGCCUAUGGAGCGUACAACAUGUACCUUGGUGGUGGUUACCACGGACAAAGACUCAACAAGCUUUACAGGAGCUCCAUCAAGGAGGAGGAGAUUCUUGAGAUCUUGAAGCCGCUGUUCAAGCGAUAUGCUCUGGAAAAGGAGGACGGUGAGAGGUUUGGUGACUUCUGUAUUAGGAUUGGAAUGAUUAAGCCUACUACAGAGGGAAAGACAUUCCACGAUGAUGUUGCUGAGGAAGAUGCCGACGAAGAGUAG